AUGCAAGCUGCAGGGAGGAGGAUCAAAACUCAGAGGGAUGGGAGGACUUUGGGCUAUAGCGCAGAAGGCAGCAGGGCAUUCUUGCCGACGUUUGUGUACUCAUUGAAGGUGUCUCCACUCAUAGAAAAAAUAAGUGACCACAAGGAUUUUAAGAAGCUUCUCAGGACACGGAAUAAUGUACUAGUGCUGUAUUCCAAAUCUGCUGCUGCUGCAGAAAGCUCACUCAGGUUACUGUCCAGUGUGGCCCAGGAGGUGAAAGGACGAGGUACUAUAAGCUGGAUAGACUGUGGUGAUACUGAAAGCCGAAAAUUAUGCAAGAAGAUGAAAGUAGAUCCUAAUUCAAAGGAGAAAGGAGUGGAAUUACUCCAUUAUAAGGACGGUGCAUUUCAUACUGAAUAUAACAGAGCGGUCACAUUGAAGUCUAUGGUGGCCUUUCUCAAGGAUCCAGAAGGUGCUCCACUGUGGGAGGAGGAUCCCGAAGCCAAAGACGUUGUGCAUGUUGACAGUGAAAAGGAGUUGAGAAGGCUUCUGAAGAAGGAAGACAAACCCCUUCUGAUGAUGUUCUAUGCCCCCUGGUGUGGUGUUUGUAAGAGAAUGAUGCCAUCUUACCAGCAGGCAGCCACCGAACUGAAGGGUAAAUAUGUUCUUGCGGGGAUGAACAUUUACUCUGCUGAAUUUGAAAGGAUAAAGGAAGAAUACAAUGUCCGGGGAUAUCCUACAAUCUGCUAUUUUGAGAAAGGAAGGUUCCUGUUCCACUUCGAGAACUAUGGUGCUACCGCGGCAGAUAUAGCAGAAUGGCUGAAAAACCCACAGGCACCUCAGCCACAGGCUCCGGAGACUCCCUGGGCAGAUGAAGAAAAUGUAGUUUAUCACCUGACUGAUGAGGACUUCGACAAGUUUAUAAAAGACCAUUCAUCUGUGCUAGUGAUGUUCCAUGCACCAUGGUGUGGGCACUGUAAGAAAAUGAAGCCGGAAUAUGAGAAGGCUGCAGAGUUUCUCCAUGUAGCCAGUGAUAGUCCAGGUGUCCUUGCAGCAGUCGAUGCUACCGUCAACAAGGCACUGGCAGAAAGAUAUCACAUCUCAGGGUUUCCCACUUUGAAGUAUUUUAAGGAUGGAGAGGAGAAAUACACUCUGCCACACCUUAGAACAAAGAAGAAGAUCAUCGACUGGCUGCUAAAUCCUGAAGCACCACCUCCACCUGAGCCUGCAUGGGAAGAGAAACAGACUAGUGUUAUCCACCUUGCUGGAGAAGACUUCAGGGAGUCCUUGAAGAAGAAGAAGCACACCCUUGUCAUGUUCUAUGCACCAUGGUGUCCCCACUGUAAAAAUGCCAUUCCACAUUUUACAACCGCUGCCGAAGUCUUUAAAGAAGAUCGAAAGAUCGCCUACGCUGCAGUGGACUGUGCCAAAGGACAGAAUCACGACCUGUGUAAGCAAGAGGGGGUUGAUGGCUACCCCACCUUUAACUAUUACAACUACGGGAAAUUUGUGGAAAAAUAUACCGGAGAAAGAGGGGAGUCUGGAUUCACCGCUUUCAUGCGAACCCUGAGAGAAAGAGACCAUGAAAGAGUAGGAAAGAAGAAGGAUGAGUUGUAGUUUCUGCCUCAAAAGAAGCUUUCUGCUGCACUGUGAAUGGUUCCAGGUCUUUUGUUAAUGCACCUGAGACUUCACGUAUUCUCAAGACAGAGACUUUUUUUUAAAAACAGCCAUGGCCAUUUUGUACAAUUUUGAAAUAAAGUGAAACCACUUGAU